UCUUUAUUCGUUUCUCAUGUUUAGUAGUAAUGGACGAGUUUGUGGACUUGUGUUAUGGUUUGUUUUGCUGAUUAAUCUUCUAUUUGGUGGAACAGAAAUGCUCAUUAAUAAUUGUUGAAUGGAAUUAUUCAUUGAAGUAUAGUUACUUUAAGGGAUGUAUUCUUGAAAUCAGUACUAAUAAUCAGGCUUAUUCAGCUUUGAUAUUUAAGAAUACAGGUGUAAUAUGCAAGACAUAAUGUGUGAGAUUUGAAUAAAAAUGAUUUACGUUAGGCUAAAUAUUAUGAAGUGUGCACUUUAUUAUGUAGUAGAAUGUGUGUAACGAAAUUGGUUUACCAUCAACAGAUAUAACCUACUAUUGAUAUUUGAGUAUAAACAAUGGAUAAUAGUAGUUCAACACUUUCCAAUUUGGAUGUGGAGUUGUUAUUUUUAAUAACAAAAUAUCUAGAAAAUGGACCAUGUGACUUGAGCGCUCGUGUUUUGAAAAAAGAGCUGGUAAAGAAAAAGGUACUUCCAAAGCGUCUAGAUUGGGAAGGUGAUCAACAUGAGCAGUCUUUUGAUGAAUUGGAAAGGAAAUACCCACACAUUUUACCCAACCAUUUACUUGAUAUUUGUACACGAAUUGCACCCAUUCUCGACAGAGAGAUCAAGCCGAAUGUGAGUGGUUUGUCUACACUGCUAGGAGCAGGGCGUCAGUCCCUCCUCAGGACUCCUAAGGAUGUGGAAAAGUUGUGGUUACACAUAUUGGAAUACUCAGCCAGACUCAACCAACGGGUUUUGUAUCCUCCUGUUACAUGCACCAACCACAAUAUAGUGAAAGUUCUGAAUGGGAGAGAAAAUGCAGGACCAGUUCCACGAAGCUUUUCUGUGUCCAACCAAAUGUACAGUAGAACCCAACUGCUGUGCUGUACCUUAGGUCACCUGUCAGCUGUUUAUUGUCUGCUCUUUGACCGGACUGGCAGAUACGUCAUCACAGGAGCAGAUGACCUGCUGGUGAAGGUGUGGAGUGCCAUAGAUGGCCGACUGUUAGCCACUCUGCGAGGAGCAUCAGCUGAGAUCUCAGAUAUUGCUAUCAACACAGAAAAUACUCUCCUAGCAGCUGGCAGUAUCGACAGGCUCAUCAGAGUUUGGUGUCUGCAAACUGCGACUCCGGUGGCUAUACUAACUGCCCACACAGGCAUGAUAACUGGGGUUAACUUCUGCCCUGGGAUUGUGGAUGGCAAACGUUAUCUAGCUUCAACAAGUUCUGAUGGUUCUGUUGCCAUAUGGUGUUACUCAAAUCAAACUCCUGUUAUUUUCAAUCCAAAACCGAUUCAGUUCAUUGAGCGAACACGACCAGGGAGUGCACAGAUGAUCAGUGGGGCAUUUUCGAGUGGAGGGAUGUUUCUGGCAGCUGGCAGUGCUGAUCACUAUGUACGAGUGUACCGGUUAAGUGGGCCAGCCGGACCGCAGCGUGUGCUGGAGGUGGAGGCUCAUACAGAUCGUGUAGACAGCAUCCAAUGGGCGAACUUCAGCCUGCGCUUUGUCUCAGGUAGCAAGGAUGGCACUGCGCUCAUCUGGCGUUACUUGCGGCAGGAGUGGACUCCAAUAAAGCUUUUAAUGAGCACCAAACUUCCCAAAAGGACAAGUGCUGUAGAGGACGAGGAGGAAGCUAAGCAGAAGUUGAAGGUUACCAUGGUAUCUUGGGACUGUCGAGACAAGUGGGUAGUAACGGCUUGCAGUGAUCACUCACUCAAAGUCUGGGACUCUUUUACUGGAGCAUUGUUGCAAAUAUUAAUAGGACAUAAAGAUGAGGUUUUUGUACUGGAAGGACAUCCCUUGGAUUCACAGAUAUUCAUGAGUGCUGGACAUGACGGUAUGAUUCUGCUAUGGAAUGUGAUCUCGGGCAAGAUGAUUGCCUCAUUUCAGAACAACAUUGAGAACCAGGGACACGGGGCAGUGUUUGAUGCCAAGUGGUCUCCGGACGGGACCAUGUUGGCAGCCACAGACUCUCAUGGACAGAUUCUCAUGUUUGGACUCGGUUCUAAACCUGCCAAGAUGCUCCAGCUACCCAAGGAACUGUUCUUCCAUACAGACUAUCGACCACUGGUGCGGGACACGAACCACACAGUAUUGGAUGAGCAAACACAGGUUGCCCCUCACCUCAUGCCCCCACCCUUCCUGGUAGAUGUGGAUGGGAACCCUUAUCCUCCCAAUUUGCAGCGAUUGGUUCCUGGACGUGAGAACUGUACCACCGAACAACUUGUCCCAAAUAUUGUUCUCAACCAAGAAGGUCAACAAGAGGUAAUCCAGGGCGUACAAGAAGCAAGAUCUAAUAUUGACCAGAUGAUCCAAGCUCUGGUCCAUGUAGUGGAUGGUGACCCUCAGCCUGCUCAUCGGCAGAUUACUUCUCCGAGGCCACGUAUAGGGGUACGUAGGGAGGGUGAUGUAGAGGGUGUGCGGCAGUCAAGGGGCAACUGGCAGCGAGAUGAAAUCAGGUGGAUCAAGCGUCAGAUGGUGCGCCCACUAGACAAAGCCGUAUUAGCAAACUCCAGAGAAAGAAUACACUACUUAGGGGAAUUGGAAAUCCAAGACUAUGAAAGGGAAAGCUUAAAACCUAAAGAAGAAGUUCCUAAACCUCCUAUGAUUAAGCCUACAGAGAAAAAGCUAUUGAAGAAACGGACUCAUGCCUACAGAACUAGAGCUGUGCGUGAACAACAACUGCAAGACCAGUUUGAGGAUCCAACAAAUCUAGAGUUAAGUGCCAGCGAAGAACAAGACCACACUAGUCAGGACUCCACUGCAUGUUCAGAUAACUUGGACUCUGGGUCCACAAGUUCAAGUGAGUCUGCAAGCUCUGAAUACUCAGAUUGGAUCAAGGAUGAGGGUGAAGUGUUGGAACCUCCUAAACGUAGUAGUAAACGUAUUCAGAGGUCAGCUGUCAGGCCAACUAAAAAAACUGAAGAUCUCCAGGAAGUGCCAGAAGGUUAUCGACCCUCAGAGUGGCUGUCAGCCGUCAUACCAAAGAAAUUUCCUUAUUAUCCUCAAAUGGGAGAUGAAGUGAUGUUCUUUAAGGAGGGUUACAAACUUUACCUUGAUGCAGUCCAGGCUCGAAAGAUCUAUCAGCUGACACCCUCACAGCUCAAUCCUUGGGGAAAACUCAACAUUAAGGAACCAGAAUUGUUAAAAGUGGUCGGGAUAAGGUACGAAGUAAGACCCCCUCAUUUGUGUUGUCUUCGCCUUGCUGUGAUGAAAAGAAAUGGCCAACUCUCAGGGGAGUGCUUCACCAUCAAGUAUCACGACAUUCCCGAUGUUAUUGAUUUCUUUGUUCUACGACAAACAUAUGAUAAUGCUUUGGAUAGAAAAUGGGAGAUAGGUGACCGCUUUAGAAGUAUGAUAGAUGACCACUGGUGGUGGGGACGCAUUGAUGGUAGACGAUUUACAAACAGUACUUCAGAGUUUUUAAAAUAUCGCAUCGUUUGGGAUAAUGGAGAAAGUGAAUCUAUGAGCCCAUGGGAUAUGGAACCUGUGGAACCUUCAGCGGAGCCUGUAGAAGUGGGUGGAUCAAUUCCAGUGUCUGCCCAAGAGAUAGCUGCCAUCCUGUAUCGACCCAGGGCGGACGAGUGGCCACUGGGAGACCGGGACGCUGCAUGUGAGCGAAUACUGAUGGGUCUGGAGCAGGUCAUGGAGCUUUCUGUAGCGGAGCCUUUCAUCGCCCCUGUUGACCUCAACAGAUACCCUUCUUAUGCUACUGUCGUCGAGUAUCCCAUUGAUCUAUCUACAAUCAAGGCAAGGUUUGAUAAUCGUUUCUAUCGGCGUAUCACAGCAGCACAGUUUGAUAUAAGAUAUCUUGCAACAAACACAGAGAAAUUUAAUGAAGCACACAGUUAUAUUGUGAAGCAGGCUCGCAUUGUUACGGAUCUGUGUUUGAAAAUAGUCAAAGAAACAUGUACAGUGGAUGUGUCAACGCUGUACCGCCAGUUGCUAGAGAACUAUCGCUCGAGUGAGUCUGAGGACCAGAAUGCUCCAGGCCCGUCUACGAGCCGCCAUCGCCUCAAGGCUGCAGCUGCUCGAUCUAUGAGAGCUUCCCGCAGAGAAGCCUCGAGGCAGAUGGGACCAUUUGAUUGGAAGCGGGAGUGUCGUGAGCUGUUCGAAAUGUUGUGGGCUUGUAGAGAUUCAGAACCUUUCAGGGUGCCUUUGGAUCGGCUAGAACACCCUGAAUACUACAGGAUAGUAGAUACACCAAUGGACUUGGGAACCAUGCGUGAAGAACUUCAGGGUGAUAACUAUGAAACACCAGAAGAUUUUUGUGAUGAUUUAAGAAGAAUUUUUACCAAUGCCAAAAAUUAUACAACAGAAAAAAAGUCCAGGAUGUAUACCAUGGCUCUGAGAUUAUCAGCACUUGCUGAACAGAACAUGAAUCGUAUUUUGAAUACAUGGAAUAAUUUGAAUAAAAAAGGAGGGAAAAAGAAACAUAGAAGAAAACUAUUAAUGUCGGAUGAUGAAAAUGCUUCAGUUAGUGAAUAUGAACCUCCUGGUGUAAAAAAAUUCCCUAAGAAAAAACGUCAACUGCCAGAUGAUGAAGAUCCUUCCACCUCAAAAACAAAAAGUACAAAAGGAAAAAAACGGUUUAGAAGAAGAAUGUCAGGAUCAGAUGAAGGCACUUCUCAGAAUGACAACGGUCCAGCCAACAUCAACAGUUCUAGGCCUAGGACUUCGAAGAGAAUGGUUGCGAAGUCUUGGAACAACUCAGAUGAAGAUAUGACCAACAGUGACAGUGACGGAGACUAUCAUCCCUCCAGAGCUGUCUCUGCCUCAGCUGUCAAUGGUUACACAAGAAAACGCAAGCCACUGUCUCGUCCAACAAGAAAUAUGAAAAUCAAUAACAAACAAGAAAAUGGGAAUGAUGAGUUGAGCUCAGAAAAAUCAAAACCAAAGAUUUCUAACUCAGUGUAUGUGAAACUGUAUAAUAAUAUCAAUGUGAAUGAACCAUCAACUAGUAAGGCAGCUGGUAUCAGUCUGCCUGUUAGGAGGGCUAAAAUGAUACAUGUUGAAGAAAAGAGUGAGUCUUCUGAAGAAGAAGAUGAAGUUAAAUUAAGUUCACACAAAAAAAUUAAUAACACAAUUAAUGGGAAAAUAUCAAAAAGUGAGUCUGAAGAGAGCAGUGAAGAUACAAAAUCAGAAAUUUUGGAAAAUGGUGUUAACAAUGGCGAAGAUGAUGAUGGGGAAGAAGAAAAAUGUGAAGAUGAAGAUAAUGAAGAUGAUAGAGAGGAAGACGAAAACAGUGAAGAAAAUUCAGAGAGUGAAAGCUCUGACAAUGAUUCAGAUGAGGAAUUCAAACCUGCCACUUCUCAGAAACCAGUCAGAAAAACUGUCAAAUGUAUAUAUCCAAAGAGAAGAAUAGCAAAAGAAACGGACAGUGAUAACGUGAAAGAAAAUUGUUUAAACAUUGGACAGAAAAAUAAGAAAGUAGCUGUUCAAGUAAAAGUUAAUCAGCGUACAAGAAGGGAGGUCCAAACAAGAGUUAGCCAAGGUAAAUACCCUUUACGUCAAACCACUAAGAAAAAUUUAGUUGAAGAGAGUUCUGAUGAAAGUAAAGAAGAGGGUGGACAUUAUUACAAAACAAGAAAAUCCAACCAAAGACCAAUAAAUGGAACUAGUUUAUAUGUUGAGAAUUCAAAUGAAAGUGAAAAUUCUAGUAAUCUUGAAGAUCAAGAUGAAGAUGUCGGAGACAGUGUAGAGGAUGACGACAGUGAUGCCUAUACACCAUCAACAAACAUUACCAGAAGGGGUCAAAAACGGCGAAGAUCUUCUGAUUCUACUGGUGGUUGGAGUUCAGGUCGUGGGAUCUAUCAGCGUCUUCGAAAUACAGGCUGUAGUAAAAAAACAGCUAAUGGUAGUGAUAAUAGUGCGAAAGGAAGAAAUUGUAGGACUCGAUCAAGAAAAAGGAAAAAUAGUGAUAGUGAUGUAACACUUGAAUCAAAUAAUUCAGAUAGUGACAAUAAGCCUGCUGCUAUUAGUGUCAGUAGUCGAGGUAGAGUUCGGAAACUGACACCAAGGGCCAGGGCCUUUCUCAGAGAUUAGUGAUUCUUAAUGUAUAUUUUUGAAAUGUACAGUUCAAACGUAUUUAUUUGUUAAGCAUAACAGUGAUAUCGAAAGUUAUUUCAUAGUUAAUAGCAAACAAGGAUGCUUCUUACAGAUUUGCUCGCCUGCAGUUUUUUUUAAAUAGUCAGGUAAUGUAGACUAAUAUUGUUUAUUACAGUCUAAUAAUUUUUAGGAAAUGUUAACAUAUUUCAGUGUUAUUUGCAUUAUUUUACUAUACUGCACAAACAUAUUCCAUUCAGGAAGUGUUUGAAGUGAAGCUCCACCCUGCUAUUUCGCACUGUAGGGAUUGAAACCAUUCAGAAGGCACAACAGUCAGAGGUGAUUGGUUCAUAAUACAGUCAAUCAGACUAUCGGUAUUGAGAAUAGCAAGCAUUAUCAAUCAUGAUAGAAAGUCUCUAUAAUGAAAAGCUGACCGUUUAAUAAGAAAGAAAGAGUAUUCUCCAAUAAUUACAAGCUAAGCAGGUAAAUAGCUGCUAAUGGGUAUACAGUGCUGGUAGUACUGUUAGUAGAGUACUAAUUAUUGAUACUGUGUGUGUGUGUGUG